AGUCAAGAUGGAAAAAAAUAAAAAGAUUUUGAUUGUUUGUCCUCGAAAUGUAGUUCAGGGACCAAUGGCUGAAUCUCUGUUUAAUCAUAUGGGCUGUUCUCUGUUUGGUUGGCAGGUUAAAUCUGUUGGAUUAUCUGUUUCUAAAAGCACUGAUGGAAGACUAGUUUCUGAGAUAUUACAGAAGUUUGCAGUUCCACACUUUGAGAAGGAAUCUAAGGUCUUAAGAUCAAGUGAUAUAAAGUCUAGUGGUAGAAUACUCUGCACUGACAGCCAGAUUCUUCAACAUUUGAAAUCUACGUAUUAUGGGUGCGAAGAAAAGCUUGGAUUAUUAGGGGACUUUUAUCCAAGUCCAGGCAUACAGAUACCUGAUCCUGCACUCUUUACUGAUGAUCCUAAGGGAUAUGAAAAGUGUUAUUGGCUUGUGUAUAAAUCAGUAAAAGGGCUGGUCAAGAAGUUAAAGGAGAUUGACGAAGAAAAUAAACCCAAGGAAAAUAUAAAUAAAAAAGUAACAGAAGGGGGGGGGGGUUAG